AUCAAGCAGUUAUGACAUUAAUUGGACUCUCAAUUCUGCUGCUGCUGCUGCUGCUGCUGCAGAUCAGCCUGCUGUUUGCCUGGCAGGACUACAAGGACUACCAUGUCUAUGAGCUGACACCGCGCGAUGCCAACGAGCAGAGUCUGCUGCGGCAGUUGGCUAGGGAGCAGCCGCACUGGGACUUUUUGGGUCCACGCCGCAGGCAGAACGACAGCACGGUGCGGGUGAUGGUGCCACACGAGGAAGUGGCCAGUUUGGUUGCUCUCUUCGAUGGCCAUCGACUCCAGCAUCGUCUGCUGAUUGAGGAUCUGGCACCACUGGUGCAGGCCCAGCGAGCGGAGUACCUGCGCCGGAAGCAGCGCCUUCAGCUGCCCCACAUCGAUGUGCUGGCAGCCUUCUACACGCUCGCGGAGAUCAAUGAGUACUUGGACAGCCUGCCCGAGCGUUACCCCAGGCGCGCACAGGUCAAGCUGUUUGGCUGGAGCUACGAGCGGCGUCCAAUCAAAGUGCUGACCAUCAGCAACGGGGAUGGGCGGCGCAACAAGCCGGUGAUCCUCAUCGAUGGCACGGUGCAUGCGCGCGAAUGGAUCUCCCCCUCGAUGGCGCUGUACAUUAUCCAGCAGCUGCUGGAGCACUUUGAGGAAAAUCAGGAACUGCUGCAGGACUACGACUGGGUGAUUGUGCCCGUGGUGAAUGCCGAUGGCUAUGAGCACACACACUCGGAGGCCCGCUACUGGCGCAAGACGCGGAAACCCACCAGCGAUCCCGAGUGUGUGGGCACGGAUAUCAAUCGCAACUUUGGCUACGAAUGGGGACACGAUGAGGGCUCUUCGUCGCUGCCCUGUGAGGAUAUCUACCGUGGCGAGCGGCCCUUCGAUCAGCCAGAGUCGCAGGUCUUGAGGGAUAUUCUGCUGCACCAUAGUGAGCGUCUGAGGUGGUACCUGUCGCUGCAUUCUUUUGGGAACUCCCUUCUACUGCCCUGGGGCUACACAAACACCCUGCCGAACAACUACGAUGACAUGAUGGCGGUGGCCGAUGCUGGUGCCAUGGCCAUUGUCCACGCCACCAAUGGCAUCUAUUCAUAUGGCAGCACCAACUAUGUGCUAUAUCCCACCUCGGGUGACACCGUAGACUAUGCGCUGGGCGUGGCCAAUGCCAGUGUGGCCAUGACCAUGGAGCUGCCUGCCGGCGGUUUUCUUGGCUUUGAUCCCUGGGUCUCGCACAUUGAGGGCAUCGUCACCGAGAGUUGGGUGGGUGUGCGUGCCAUGGCCGUGGAGGUGAUAAGACGUUACGGCAGCCACAGUUGAAGAUCGUAAAUAAAUAGACAUUCAUUCGUCGAAUUGCGAAGUUUUGCU